AUCCACUCGUGUUUGUUUGUAUUAAUCGCGGAGUCUGUGCUUUCAUUCAUUAUUGUUUACUUCGAGAAUUCAGUCGUUUAAGAGAGUGGGUGGCAAGAUGUCCAAGGUGUUCUUCAGCAUUACAGCUAAUGGUGAGCCAUUGGGGAGAAUCGUUUUUGAAUUGUUUCCUGAUGUCCCCAAAACUGCCGAGAACUUCCGCGCACUCUGCACACAUGAAAAGGGCUAUGGUUACAAGAACAGCGUUUUUCAUCGCAUAAUUCCUAAAUUCAUGUGCCAAGGAGGUGAUUUCACCAACGGAAACGGAACUGGCGGCAAAAGCAUUUAUGGCUCAAAGUUCGCAGAUGAGAACUUCAUCCACAAGCACGAUCAACCAUUCCUUCUCUCCAUGGCCAACGCUGGUCCUAACACAAAUGGGUCCCAAUUCUUCAUCACUACUGACAGAUGUAGUUGGCUUGAUGGAAAGCACGUGGUGUUUGGCAAAGUGGUAGAGGGUAGUGACGUCGUCAAAAAGAUGGAGAGUCUUGGGUCUGAAUCUGGGAAGACAUCAAAGACAGUAGUAAUUGCUGACUGUGGACAGUGCUAAUCCGGAUUCCAUUCUAAAUGUAUGUUACUCAAUAAAGCUCAUUCGGCCUGAUU